AUGGCUUUACAAGACGUCGUCACCAGGGAAUACACCAUUAACUUGCACAAGAGAGUAUGUUUUAAAGCAAUAGACUUGGAUUCAGCCAAGGAUGGCUCGAAAGAAAAUGGAAAAGUAGCGCAGAGCUUGCACGGUGUCAAUUUCAAAAAGAGAGCUCCAAAAGCUGUCAAAGAAAUCAGAAAAUUCGCUACUUUGCAUAUGGGAACCACUGAUGUCAGAUUAGACCCAAAGUUGAACGUCGCUUUGUGGAAAAGAGGUGUCCAAGGUGUUGAACACAGAGUAAGAUUGAGAAUUUCAAGAAAGAGAAACGAUGAAGAAAACUCCAAAGAAAAAUUAUUUGCUUAUGUUGAACCAGUAAUUGUUCCUUCUACCAAGGGUUUGCAAACUGUUGUUGUUGAAGAUGAAGAGUAA